AUGGGCCAGGUGAGGGCUCCAAUGAUGCAAACAGGAGGCAGGAUGCUGUCUUCGGACUCCGGGGCUUCUGGAGGAGAAAACUGGCGAGACAAAGCGUCGGGUUUGACAUUCUUGGACCCAGGUCUGAAUGUACCUCAGUACCCUCAAGCCAGUGACCUAAAAUUGAGGAACCCUUCUGACAGAAGAGUGUGUUUCAAAGUGAAGACGACGGCACCACGUAGGUACUGUGUACGGCCAAACAGCGGAGUCAUCGACCCCGGAGCAACUGUCGUCAUUUCGGUUAUGCUUCAACCAUUUGAAUAUGACCCCAAUGAAAAAAGUAAGCAUAAAUUCAUGGUGCAGACAAUUUUCGCCCCACCAAAUGUUUCCGACAUGGACUCGUUGUGGAAAGACGCAAAACGCGAUGAGCUCAUGGAUUCCAAGCUGAGAUGUGUCUUUGAGAUGCCUUCUGAAAAUGAUAGAGUGAAUGAUGUUGAGGUGGCAAGAGCUGUCCCGGUGAUGAACUUGGCGAGAGCGGAGCCGACGUCGACCACAAGUCCCGCAGCUGUAGCAGCGGAUGAUGCCGAGGUAAAGAGAGUGCAAGAGAAGUGCAGGAGGCUGCAGGCCGAGGUCAACAAGCUGACGGAGGAGAACCGACAGUUAAAGGAUGACGUUAACAAACUCAGAAAAAUGCCUCGCUCAGACCACAUGACUGCAAACUCCACCAACCUCGUCGGCCGAGAACACACCAUCGCCUAUUUGCCCUCCCUGCUUGUUGUCUUAGCAGCGAUCUUCAUUGGCUUUUUCUCUGGAAAAUUCAUAUUGUAGACUGGGGGAAUGCAUGCCAGCCGUAUCUUCAAUUUUGGCUUCUGAAAAAAGUAAA